UUCCCUGUGUUCCCUGUUGUUUUUCCGUUCCCUUAUUUUCCCAGAUUGUUGCAGAGAGGCAGAAGUUUCUCCGGCUUCCCUGGAUUUUCUUUGUUCUGGUUGAAAGAGGCGGGUCCAACAGAACCCGGCAGCGGUGGAUCAGAAAGUGACGCCAUGAUGGAAGCAUCACCUCAAUAUCUGCUCUUUUCCUGUCUGCUGAUUUGCUGCAUAACAACUGAAGUCUCUGCAGUUCAUCUGACUGUGAGUCCCAGCAGAUCCCAGUUCUUUGAAUUUGAAUCAGUGACUCUGAUCUGUGAGGAUGAAAACAGAUCAGAUGGAUGGACAGUGAGGAGUAACACGACCAGAGGAGUUGGGAAGCGAUGUGGAGAUGAGUGGGGAGAAGCAGCUGGAUCUACCUGUAACAUCACCUUGUUCACAUUUGAUACUGGUCUGUACUGGUGUGAGUCUGGAUCCUCCAACAGCAGCUGCAGCAGCAGCAGCAGCUGCAGCAGCAGCAGCUGCAGCAUCCAGCUCUCUGUCUCUGGAUCAGUGAUCCUGCAGAGUCCUGUCCUCCCUGUGAUGGAGGGAGAUGACGUCACUCUGAGCUGCAGAGCAAGGAAUCCAACCCACAACCUCCCAGCUGCUUUCUAUAAAGAUGGCUCCUUCAUUGGUGAUGGAUCAGCAGGCAGCAUGACCCUCCUCCAUGUUUCCAGCUCUGAUGAAGGCCUCUAUAAAUGUAGCAUCAGCGGUUCUGGAGAGUCUCCAUCCAGCAGGGUCUCUGUCAAAGCCUCCAACAGCACGGUCUCUGACUGAGCGUCUGGCCUCUCAGGUGCAGAAACUGGAGGACAAACCUGAAGACGUUUCUUAGAAGUUUCUCCUGCAAAGUGAAACAAAUAUUAUCAUUAUGAUGUUGUGACAAUGUUGGUUUGAAAUAUAAAUGCAUGCAUUAGUUAGUUCUGCCCAGGCACACAAAUCUCUGAACAAACAAAGAAAUAAACUUUAGUCCUGGUUUUAUUCAGAACUCUGCAGACGGAACCUGAUAAUCACAGGUUCCCCAAGACGGCUGUCAAAACUCUGAGACUGUCUGGUUCCUCCGAAGAAAAGAAGGGAAACGAUCCAGAGCUGGGAGUCGCAGCCUCAUGGUUUCAGACUUUGACUGAGCCGUCUGAUCGGCUGAGCCCACCGAUCCACCCAGAGGGUGCUGUUUCCUGGCAGAAAACGACCGAAGACAAUCAGUUUCAGUGUUUUUGGAUAUUUUUCUGCCUUAUUUCAGAAAGGAGCAGCUCUCACAUGCUGCAGCUAAAGCUAACAGUUUGAACUUUUAAAACUUCAUUCCACAGAGAGUUUUUAUUACCUACAGUCUGGUUGAAAUUAGAUCAUCUCUGUUAUGGAUAUUUUCCUUCACUUUCACACCACAAACCUAAAAACA